UUAUAAAUAUCAAAUUUAUUAUUAUGAUAUGUAACAAAUAUAAUUUUUAUAUGUGAGAUUAUAUAUUUAUUAAUAUAUUAAUUUAAUUAAUUUAAGUUUAAUAUUAAUUUAAGUUUAAAAAUUAUAUAUAAUUAUUAAUACUUUUUACAAUUUUUUACAAUUUCUAUAUUUUUUAAAAUAAUAAUCUUAAAUAAUGAUCUUAAUUAAUUAAUGUUUAAAUAUGAAAAAUAUACAUUUAUUCAAUUAAAAUAUAAAAGAAUAUAUAUUAAAUUGAUUUUCGUUCUUAUAAUAUAUGAUUUCUUCCAAUCGAUAUUGCCUGAAAAUAUAAUAUAUAUUGAUAACAUUUGACAUCAUCAUUCAACGUAUGAACGUCCCUUAAUAUUUUUUAUUAAAAAAUUGUUUUUUUUGAUUCUUUUUAAAUUUUAAUGUGAUUUUAUUAAUUAGAAUCGAAAUACUGAAAUAAAAUAUUUAAUAACAAAAUAAUAAUUUCAAGAUAUUAUAAAAGUAAAUAAUAUUAAAAAAUUGAUGUAUUAGUUACGCGCUCGCGCGUAUUAUAUAUAUAUAUGUACACCACACAAGUGGCCAUGCCCGGUCAUAUCUGCUUCAAUCAGCUUAGUUUAUACGAUCUGUUUUUAACGUUGAGUCUUGUCGUUAAUAAUCCGAAUUCUAUGAUUCAAUAACUGACGAAUAUUGUAUCUGUGAAUUUUUAAAACUUCACAUAAUCUUAAUUUUAGUGUUUGGUAAAAGUUGUAUUUAGAUAUCAUACGCGUUUCGUAUAUAAUGCUGAUCACGGUACGCGUGAUAUGUACGGAUAGAUACAUAUAGAUAGGGCCGAUCUGUGGAAUGGAUGCUUAAUAAGUUACGUUUCGCGUUGCUUAUAAUCAUUUUUCUCGAAAUCUUUUAUAACGUUUGCUUUUAGUUAUUGUUGUAGCGAUUGCCUUUGUACGUCAUCUGUAGAACUUGAAACAAUUAUCAAUGAUGCUGUUUUAUUAAGGUCAUGACAACAAUUUGUUAUGUGCUUUCUAUAAAUUAUAUUUGUGAUUAUUGUGGUUUUGGAUAAAUCAUUCAUUUCUUGGUCAAAACAUUAUAAAGAAUUUCAUACAAUUAUGGAAUCAAAUGAUAGAAAAAAUGUUUAUCUUGCAAAAACGGGUGAUAAUUCUUUGAAUUCUGGAAUGAGAGACACAAUGAUUGUUGGUCAAACAAAUAUGACACAAGAAUGUGGUGAACCUGUAAUGAAACCUGGAAAUGUAUCUAGUGUUUCAAAUAAUCAAGCAAAGUGGUCUAAUACACAAAGUAAAAAUUUUAUAAUCAAUGCAGUUCCAGUAAAAAAUGAAAUCGUUCAUCUUGAAGAUGGAGCACAUUGCAACAAGAAAAUGUAUUAUUAUGAUAGACAUUAUACUGGCCAUGAAGAAACAGAGAGACCAACACGUAGAGGAACAAAAAGAUACAGAGAUAAAGAUGCACCUAAAAGAGCAUUGUCUGCCUUUUUCUAUUUUUGUCAAGAGUUACGUGGAAAAAUGAGAGAAUUACAUCCAGAAAUGGGAGUAGGUGACAUUGCCAAAGAGCUGGGUAAAUUAUGGAUGAGUACAGAUCUUCAAACUAAAUCAAAGUAUAUGGCAAUAGCAGAAGAAGAUAGAGCCAGAUAUGAAAGAGAAAUUAUUGCAUAUAAUAAAAGAGUAAAAAACUAUGACCCUGAAGAAGUUGGACCUGUAUAAGUUUUUAAAUCUAUUAAAAAAGAAGGGACAAUGUAUUUUGCCCUAAGACAAGCACUCGCCAAUUAAAAAUGUAUAACAAUUUUACAAAUAGUUUAGUAUUGUCAAUUGUUGUAUAUAUUAUGUACACUGUUGGCAUUAACAAAUCUGAAAAAAAAUUAUAAGCUACCAUAUUUGGUUAUAAUUAUUUUUCAAAUAGUAUUUGAAAGCAAUUAUUCUACAUUUAUUUUGUAAUUGGAUAUUAUUUUUUGUGAAUAAGGUGUGCUAAUAUAUUUACAAAUGAUACCUAAUACAAGUAAUAAUAUUAAUAUCAAUAGUAAUAAUAAUGAAAAUAAUAAUGAAAAGUAUGAUGCUGAUAAUAAUAAUAAUAAUAUUAUUAUUAUUAUUAAAAAAUGAUAAUGAUAAUCUAUAUUGCUAUUAAAUAUGUUAUACACAAUUGAAGCACAAUAGCAAAUAAAAGUCAAGCAGAGUGAGCUUUGUACAGUGCACUUUUCUUGUCUAAUUAUGCAUUAUUCAUGUUUAUAAUGAUAAAAUUAGAUAUCAGGGACUAUUUAUAUCUAAAACCCUGUAUAGAACACAUAUUCCAUGUAUUUUGUUCUUUUUCCAAUAAAGAUAAAAUCAUUUAAAGCAUUUAUAAUCCUUAAA